CCCGCCCCUACGAUCAAUUUCUCAUCUCUCACUCCGCUACUGUCAACUACGGCCGCCACUGCCCCACUGUUAACUACCACCAUUCCGCCUUAAUUUCAGUGCAUACCCCUAGUGGUGCAGGAAAUGAAGAGAAGUUCCGAUCAUAUCGACGGCGACUCUAUUAUUUCAUCGGGUCUGGAAUGGAAAUGUGGGCUGAAUGUAAAAACCACCGUGGCUCUUCUCCUUUCGCUUCUGUUUCUCGCGUUUCUGGUUCUCAGAGACCCGCCGUCCUCCGAUAGUGUCUGGAAUCGAGUUAAACCACCGAAAGUUAUGGAAGACGAUCAUAUUCUCCGGCCAAACGACGCCCCCGGAGAUAACCUUCUCGCCGGACUUCUCCCUUCUGGAUUUGACCGGAAAUCCUGUCUAAGCCGGCACCAAUCCGUGUUAUAUCACAAGAAACUCAAGCGUCACCCUUCAUCCUAUCUAAUCUCCAGGCUACGAAGCUACGAAGCUCUCCACCGGCGAUGCGGGCCCCACACAGAAUCCUACAAGAACAACGUUGGACGACUCAUCAACUCCGCCGCCAAUAAUAACCACUCCGACGGAUGUAACUACCUCGUAUGGAUAGCCUUCAGCGGUUUAGGAAACAGAAUCUUGACCCUAGCGUCGGCGUUUCUCUACGCCGUUCUUACCAACCGUGUCCUCUUAGUCGAUCCUGGAAACAACAUUAUUCCUAAUCUCUUCUGUGAACCCUUCCCCAACACUUCCUGGUAUCUCCCCAAAGAUUUCCCAUUUUCUAAUCAGUUCAAAACCUUUGAUCAGAACUCCACUUUCUGCCAUGGAUACAUGCUCAAACAUAAUAUUUCUGCGAUUAAUCCGCCUUUCAUCUAUGUCCAUCUCAUAUAUGACAUUGAUCAGCACCAUAAACUAUUUUAUAGUGACAAAGAACAAAUCUUUCUGGAAAAAAUUCCCUGGGUAGUAAUCAGAACUGACGAAUAUUUUGUCCCAUCUCUGUUCUUGAUCCAAUCUUUCAAGAAAGAUCUGGAAAACAUGUUCCCCGACAAAGAUUCCGUGUUCCACCUCCUCGGACGGUAUCUUAUCCAUCCCACGAAUCCUGUCUGGGGGCUCAUUACAAGAUACUACCAAGCUUAUUUGGCCACGGCGGACGAAAAGAUCGGGAUUCAGAUCAGAGUUUUCGAGAGAGAAACCGGUCCUUUUCAGCACAUUCUAGACCAGAUUAUAAGUUGUACUAUGAAACAACAUAUACUCCCACAAAUCUAUCAAGAAGAGGAUUAUUCCAUCUUCAUUGCCGCCAAUUCAUCUGACAUUAUUAAUAUUAAGAACAAGAAAAAGGUGAAAGCUGUGCUGGUGACAUCUUUGAGCCCGUGGUAUUCCGAUCAGAUAAAAAACAUGUAUUCGGAGCAUCCGACGUUGACUGGCGAGGUGGUCGGGAUUUUCCAGCCGAGCCACGAGGAGUAUCAGAGAACGGAGAAUUUAAGGCACAACAUGAAGGCGUUGGCGGAGAUUUAUCUUCUUAGCAUGAGUGAUGUGUUGGUUACGAGCGGAUGGUCUACGUUUGGAUAUGUGGCUCAGAGCCUUGGAGGUUUGCGGCCGUGGAUUUUGUACAAGCCGGAGAAUCGGACGGCUCCUGAGCCGCCGUGCCGGCGAGCUAUGUCCAUGGAACCGUGUUUCCAUGACCCGCCGUCGUACGACGGCGCCGAUCCUCACGUGAAGCCUUGUGAGGACAGAAGCUGGGGGCUUAAGCUCGUCGCGGCAUAGAUGUAUUUAUAUGUAUGUAUACAAUAGCAAAUGACAUGCAAAUUCAUAUACACUCCGGCUCAUUGGUCGGAAAUUCCAUUUUCGUCAGAAAA